UAUUAAUUAAAGGCUUCAAAUCAAAAGUUGUAUUACUCUAAGCUUCAAAUACAAAUGUUUAUUAGCCUACAAUGGUUUACAUGUUUAAUAUAUAUUAUGUCUAUGGGUAGAUACAUAAUAAAAGCACAGACUAUAUAGUCGGUGAUAAAAGUAAAUAAAUUCUUUUAUUAUCUAUGGUUUCCGACAAUCUUAAUCUGUGAUAAAAUAUAAAUAAUAAAUAUUGUGAAACUGUGAAAGUGAUAACUUCUAUCAGUAUUAUAAAAAUCACGUGUUUGAGACGAAAACAUAAGUAUGACAAGACUUGUCUGAGAUUCUUGGUUUAUGAUUUAAAUUGACUGUAUUUAUAAUUUUCAUCUCAAAAUGACCAAUAUAGAUUUCAUUGCAACAUUUCAAAAGUUAACUGUGAAUCCAUUAGAUUAUUUAGAUGUGCAAACUAAUGUUGCUGAAGAGACAACUAAUUUGUUGAAACAACUGUACGAUACUACUAAGAGAGUUGAAACAAAAACUGACAAUACCAAUGAUGACACUCUGCCUGAGCUUAUAGUAAAGGAUUUUGAUGAAGAGCAAAUAUGGCAAGAGCUGGAACUACAAAACUCAGCGCGAUUAAAAUUGUUGGCCAAUACUAUACAGGGAUUCACAAGAAGUGAUUUAAUUUACCUUCAUAAAUCUAAUGAUAAUAUACAUACAAAAGAAAUUUUGAAAGAUACAAAGUCAACUAAUGAAAAAACUAAAAUCAAAAAAUUAAAUAAAAAAAACGCUGAAUUAAAGUCAGAUGAAUUUGAAGAUUCUGAAGAUUUAGAAAAUAAUGAUGAAGACGAUGACAAUAAUGAAGACGAAGAAACUGAUAUAGAUUAUGUUGAAGGUGAAGAUGAGGAUAAUAUUUCUGACCUAGAAGAGACAGAACUUUUUAAUACUAAAAAAACAUUUAAAAAGUCAAUAGUGGAUGAUGAAUUUUUCAAAUUAUCAGAAAUGGAAAACUUUUUAUUAUCAGAGGAAAAACUGGAGUCUACUAAAGAUAAACCAAAAUCUCUAGGUGGCGAGGUUGAUUUGUUUCAAGAUUUGCAAUCUGAAAAUGAAGAAGAAGAUAAUUUUGGUCCUAUGUAUCAAGAAUUCUUUGAGAAGCAAACAGAUGUUACUGGAAAAACAAGCAAAUCAAAAAAAAGUGUAAGAUUUGUAAUAAACGAUGAAAAAAGUGAAAAUAAUGAAGAAGAAGACAUAUAUGAACCUAAUGAAGACAACAAACAAAAUUUGUCAACAUUAGAAAUGAGAUCAGAACGAAUUAAUAAACGUAUUGCCAAAUUGGAAGAAGAAGCUGUUUCUGAUAACAAACCUUGGGCUUUGAAAGGUGAAGUUGCAGCUAAAGACCGUCCUCAAAAUUCUCUUUUAGAAGAAGCUGUUGAAUUUGAUGUCUGUACUCGUCCAGCACCAAUUAUUACUGAAGAAACUACUGUAAAAUUGGAAGACAUCAUUCUUCAAAGAAUAAAGGACAAAGCGUGGGAUGAUGUAGAAAGAAAAAUAAAACAAACAAAUACACCUCAAGAAUUUAAAAAACAAUUGGUUUUAAACCAAGAGAAGAGUAAAGAAAGCUUAUCCCAAAUUUAUGAAAAAGAAUUCAUUAAACAAAGAGAAGCUGCUGAUCCAGAAAAUAAAAAUAAACCUGAAGAAGAUCCAAAAGAGCAUAAAGAAAUUGAUUUAAUGAUUAAAGAUUUAUUUAGAAAAUUAGACGCACUUACUAACUAUCAUUAUACUCCUAAACAGGCCAUUCCUGAUCUAAAAAUUGUCAAUAAUUUACCAGCUAUAUCAAUGGAAGAAGUAGCUCCAAUUUCUACUACUGAUGCCAUGUUGUUAGCACCAGAAGAAAUACAAAGAAAAUUCAAAGCACCAGUUCUAGGCAAAGAAGAACGCACUACCACAGACAAAAAACGUGAACGUCGAAAAAAAAAGCAUUUGCAACACAAGAAACGUAUUACAAAGGAAUCUAACCUCAAGAAAAUGGAAAAGAAUGGGAUUAAACCUAAGCAUAAUAAAGACGGUAAUCUAAAAGAACUUAAAAGAUUAACAAGUAGUGGACAUCAAAUUAAAGAAUUAAAAUCGGUGGAUGACAAGAGUAUGAAAACAUCUAAAGAUUUCUUUUCCAGACUUCAGGAUCAGGCAAGAAAUGAAAUUGACGGAAAGAAAAGAAUUAUGAAACAAAGUAAUAGUAAUAAUACUAAAAAAUUUAAAAAGUGAUCAACAUUUUUUGUUUUUGUACUAUUUUAAAAUCAUGUAUAAGCCAAUUACUAUAUUGUUCACUAUUUGAAACUUUUAAUAUUUUAUAAAUGAUAUAAGGUUUCAUGAAAAAUAAAUUUAUUUGA